AUGGCGGCCGCCGGGCACGCGCAUCAGGUCCCCGAUAAAGUCACCACCUAUAUUAUUCUUUUAUCGGGUGAUAACCAGACUGUCAAAGCUGAAGAUGAAGCUGAGAUGCCUGUGAAGAUGCUUAAGGAGGAAGAAAUUCCUACAGAGAUCAGCCCAGACCUCGGAGCCACCAGAGCUACUCAGAGAGACAUCAAAGCUGAGGAGGAGGAAGAAGGACGUGUGAGGAUUAAAGAGGAGGAAAUUCCUAUACAGAUCGGCACAGACCCCGGAGCCAUGAGAGCCAUUCAGGGAAAUGUAAAAGCUGAGGGGGAGGAAGAAGGACACGUGAGGAUUAAAGAGGAGGAAGUUCCUGUUGAGAUUGGCACAGAUGGACAAUACAUCAAGAAUGAAAUGGCGAUACAUCCCAUAAAGUUCAUCACAUCCAGUUCUCUAGGAGGAGAUCCCAUUACCGUAAAUCCCCAUUCAGUCCUUCCUAGCAAUGAUGCGUUGUCUGACCCUCCUACCCCUGGGGGCAGUAUUCCCGAUCACUUGCCUCCCACCACCCAUCAUACAGACCAUAGAGAAGAAGAAAAGUUCCCAUGUUACAUGUGUGGGAAAUGUUUUACAAGAAAGGAAACUCUCACCGUACACCAAAGAUCUUACACGGGUGAAAGGCCGUGUUCUGUGUGCGGAAAAUGUUUUCUUCGGAAAUUGUGUUUAAUUAAUGAAGAAAAAACACCUACUGGAGAGAAGCCAUAUUCCUGUUCAGAGUGCGGAAAAUGUUUCAGCCAGAAGUCGAGUCUUAAUUACCACAUACGGGUUCACAUAGGCGUGAAGCCGUUUUCUUGUUCCUAUUGUGAUAAAUGCUUUACCACAAAUGCCCGUCUUCUCCAACAUCAAAGAACUCACACGGGGGAGAAGCCAUUUGCGUGUUCAGAAUGCGGGAAAUUUUUUACUUCCAGUUCAGCUCUUUUCCAUCACAAGAGAAGUCACACUGGCGUUAGACCGUAUUCAUGUUCAGAGUGCGGGAAAUGUUUUACCGAGAGUUCGGCUCUUGUGAAACACCAGAGAACGCACACUGGGGUGAAGCCAUAUUCAUGUACGGAAUGCGAGAAAUGUUUCACUUCGCAUUCAGGGCUUGUCAAUCACAUGAGAACUCACACAGGGGAGAAGCCGUAUUCCUGUUUAGAGUGCGGGAAAUGUUUUACUGCGCCAUCGGCUCUUUUUUAUCACCAGAGGACUCACACUGGAGAAAAGCCGUAUUCGUGUUCGGAAUGCGGGAAAUGUUUUACUGAAAGCUCGGCUCUUAUUAAUCACCAAAGGACUCACACGGGGGAGAAGCCGUAUUCCUGUUCGGAAUGUGGGAAAUGUUUUACUACGAGUUCAGCUCUUGUUGAUCACAAGAGAAUUCACACGGGGGAGAAGCCGUAUUCGUGUUCAGAGUGCGGGAAGUGUUUUACUAUGCGCUCGGCUUAUGUUUAUCACAGGAAAACUCACAAGGGCGAGAAGCCGCAUUCAUGUUUGCAGUGCGGGAAAACUUUUUCGGAGAAGAAAAAUCUCCUUUUGCAUCAGAGAAAUCACACUGGGCAGAAGCCCUAUUUUUCAUAAAAGGUUAUUGUGCAGUACCAGUUCAAAAAAUAAAAAAUCACUUGCAUCCUCUGAA